AUGAGCCGGCCUCCAUCCAAGCGGCGGCGCUUCUACGAUCAGUUUCCGACAAGCGCGAUCGACCAGGACGAUAUCUUCUCAACACCUUCAGCCGCUCACAUCUUUGGAGCCGCUUCCGCUUCCGCUUCGACGUCUCGCUAUAGCCCCACGCCCGACGAGCUACAUCCCACCUCGUACGAGAUCACUCUCAAUCACAAUGCCCAGCUCAAGCGAUCGCUUCACCCCUCUUCAUUCUGCUGUGCAGAUGGGGAAAGGAAGGAAUACGGAGCGCGCCUGGUCACAUGGACGAGCAGCUGCGGCACACGGGAAGUGACAAGUGAUCGAUACGACGCCGUACACCUGCUGUCGGAACUGCCCGAGAAACCACUGAUUUGCAGAGUCACCAACGUAGACGAAGACGAUAGAGGCUGGUCGGACCUAGACAGCGAUACAGAAGACCUUUUCUAUAUGACCUCUGACGAAGCUGCCACUUUCACACAUCAAAAAGCAAAAGCCGCAAUGGAAGCACAACACACUGCACGCUUGGCCCAACUCGACUCUCCCGCCCCCUCCCCUCCUCCUCCUACCUCUACGACAGCGGAAGACGCAAUGCCACCUCCGCUGAGCAAAUCUCAGUUCGAACUGAUGCAGAAGACUGCAAAGGUCGUGUCCUCUUCGACCAACGUUUCGCUGCUCGAACUCAAGAUCCUCGCCAAUCACGGAGGUGAUCCUCGAUUCGCUUUCUUACGAACGGAUGGUGGGGAGCAGCGCAGGCUGGGUCAGAUUUGGAAAGAUUUGAAGGCUCGGCAGGGUGAGGUGAGCUACGAAGAGGCGCUGAAGAUGUGCGAUGACGGGGGCGGACGCGGGCAAGGUGCAAAGUCCAGCAGUGGUGGGGGGCUGGUCGCAUACGGUGAUAGCGAUAGCGACAGCGAGAACGAGUCGGACAUUCAGCCUAGGGAGAAGGAAGCAGAGACUACAGAAGCAACAGUAGCAAUACCAGCCGCAGAUGUGAUACCAGCAGCAGAUGAACAAGACGCAGCAUUACUCAAAAAACAAAAGCAAGCCGAGCGUCUAGCACGGGCCAAACUGUGGCUCCAAACCCGAUCUUCUCAACCCACCUCAGCAUCCGCCUCUAAACCUCCCAUCUAG